UCCAUUUCCAGUAACGUGCCAGCCCACAUCCACACCACACCACACCCCACCCCACCCCAACCUAGCUAGCUAGCAACCUUGUCCCCACUCCCUCUCAUCCCAAGCACGCAUCCCGUGAUGAACGCAGCAGAUCAUGCCACGUGUCCUCUUUCUUCCUCAAAAACCCACUCCCUCUCUUAACUCUUCACCAUUAUUCAUUCUCUCACAGUCACUCAUUUCCUCCAAGCUCCAACAAUGGCAUCAUCAUCAUCAUCAUCAUCAUCAUCACUCUUCCUCCUCCUCUCAACACUCUCAUUCUUCACCACCCUCUCACACGCGCGACUCACACUCGACUUCUACAAACACACGUGCCCACAAUUCUCCCAAAUCAUCCGCGACACCGUCACCAACAAACAAAUCACCACCCCCACCACCGGCCCCGCCACGCUCCGCCUCUUCCUCCACGACUGCCUCCACCCCAACGGCUGCGACGCCUCCAUCCUCCUCUCCUCAACUUCCUUCAACAAAGCCGAACGCGACGCCGACAUCAACCUCUCCCUCCCCGGCGACGCCUUCGACCUCGUCGUCCGAGCUAAAACCGCCCUCGAACUCGCUUGCCCCAACACCGUCUCCUGCGCCGACAUCCUCACCGCCGCCACCAGCGACCUCUUAACCAUGCUCGGCGGCCCUCACUUCCCCGUCUUCCUCGGCCGCCGCGACGGCCAAUCCUCCCUCGCCUCCUCCGUCGACGGCCACCUACCUAAACCCACCAUGCCCAUGUCACAAAUCGUCCAGAUCUUCACCCAGCGCGGCUUCACCGUUGAAGAAAUGGUCGCUCUCUCCGGCGCACACACCAUCGGAUUCUCCCAUUGCAAGGAGUUCACCGCCGACAUCUACAACUCCUCCUCCGCCGCCGGUUACAACCCUCGUUUCGCCCAGGGUUUACAGAAAGCAUGUGCAAAUUACCAAACUAACCCCACCUUGUCCGUGUUCAAUGACAUUAUGACCCCUAACAAGUUCGACAAUGUCUACUUCCAAAACCUUCCAAAAGGGUUAGGACUAUUGAAAUCCGAUCAAGGGUUGUUCAGUGACGCCGCCACGAAGCCGUUUGUCGCGAAAUUCGCGGCAGAUCAGAACGAGUUCUUCCGGGUGUUUACCCGGGCAAUGCAGAAGCUCAGUCUAUUAGGAGUGAAAACUGGGAGGAGAGGUGAGAUCAGACGCAGGUGUGAUCAGGUUAAUUGAUGAUGAUGAUGAUGAAGAUUGUGAAUUUUGGGUUUGGUUAAUUUGAUGAUCAAGUUCAAAUUCUUUGUUUUUUUUUUACUUGUCAGAUUCUGAUAGUGAGGUUGAUUAAUUUAUGAUUAUAAUUACUUGGUCUGUGCAUGAUGAUAAUUUGAUGGUUUUAAGCUGGAUUAUAUACAUACAUAGUGUAAUCUGUGUGAGCUGAUAAGAGGGUUUGUUGAGUGUUACUAUGUUGUAAAAUUUAAUAAAAGCCCUCAUGGCCUCAUAUUUCUUGUAUCCUUAAUUAAGGAUCUUAGAUGCUGUUAUGUUGUUUGUGUUGAUUUUCUGAGCUGAAUUAAGUAGUGUAUUCAUUGGUA